CAACACAAGUAUUCAAAAUAUCAUCUCUAUAUAUUCCCUCCAUUUCUGAGAAUGGCGAAGGCUGCGGAGAAGAAGCCAGCGGCUGAGAAGUCUCCGGCGGAGAAGAAGCCUAAGGCAGAGAAAAAGAUUCCGAAGGAAGGCGGUGGCGAGAAGAAGAAGAAGAGGUCGAAGAAGAGCGUGGAGACCUACAAGAUCUAUAUCUUCAAGGUGCUGAAGCAGGUACACCCUGACAUCGGUAUUUCUAGCAAGGCCAUGGGGAUCAUGAACAGCUUCAUCAACGACAUCUUCGAGAAGCUCGCGCAGGAAGCGGCGCGUCUCGCCAGGUACAACAAGAAGCCUACUAUUACCUCCAGGGAGAUUCAGACCGCGGUCAGGUUGGUGCUGCCCGGGGAGCUUGCCAAGCACGCCGUUUCUGAAGGAACCAAAGCCGUUACCAAGUUCACUAGCUCUUAGAGUUAGGGUUUUUUUUUUUUUUUUUUAUGUAAAGCUAAGUCGUAUAGCUAGUGGCUUCUUUUCGGAUUCUAUAUGCCUAUGAAUUUGUGAUUCUAUUAGUCCCGAUGAAAAUUUAUAUUCAGAGUAAUCGAUGCUUCCCGACUUAGUCGAUUUGACAAGUGAAUAAUACUCGCGUUGCAGGAAUAGCAUUAGCGACG